UGGGUCAGAAUGCUUUUCCAAAGUAAUCAACAGAUGACUGUCAAAUGUUGACGCUUGCUACGAGGCGAGACUGAGGUUUGCCCUGACAGUCCUGCCCAAAACUUCUCAACGGGAAAGUAAAAUAUAGAUAUCAGUGUCGCAAGCGGUUGUCAUUCAACCCUGCUUGGAAUAAACAGAAAAAGAUUGACAGAAACGGCAAGGUAGCUAGUUAGCUGGCCUGUCACUGACAGUGCUUGGGGGCUAUGCACAACGUUAGCCUACAGUACCUAGCUAGCUUGCUAAUGUUGUUAAAUGGCAUGCUAGUAGGCAAUAGCACUGGGCAUAUUCUUCUUGAGCAUGUGGUUUAGCUAACGGCAGUAUCUUUCUUGCCCAAUGUGGGGACGAAAGAGACAGCCGGGACAUUGUCAGAAAGCUUGGCUAGCUACAGUAGCUAACCAAGAACUGGUAUUGUGCCGCAGAUCCAGUUUCACCAGUGGCAGUUCUCAUCGCGGAGGACGCAAUGACACAAGACGAGGAGUCGCGGCGUGACUGACAGUCUCCAGGAAGCCGAUCAUCGAAGUAGCUAGCUACUACUGUUGACAAUCUGGGAACAUGGACAAUUUUUCCAAAUGCAUCCAGAGAAAUAGCUCUCUCAGUGGAUCAGAAUGUAAUGCAAGAAGGACGGAUACUGUAGAAAAGCUUUCCAGGCAGAGCAGGGCAUGUAAUGAACGGGAACCGCACACAUCACGCCAACGUAUCACGUAUCGCAUUGAACCAGAAGGAAGCAUGACAGCAAAUUAAUCUUUAUUUUAUCUUUGUAUUUAUUUUUGCUGAACAACAUUUGGUUUUGUCUGGCUAUCACCACUGGUUCCCAGAUUUCAUGUACUAGAUCUAUCAACCGAUGUCUGAGAUCAGUCAGAAUUUAGAUUUCAUGAUGACGGUGGAGGGUUCCACAAUAAAGAGUCGGAUCAAAAAUCUUCUCCGCUCGCCAUCUAUCAAAUUGAGAAGGAAUAAAGAUCGGAACCAUAAAGAGAAUCUCAGUAACAAGGUGACAUUAGAGAAGGUGCUGGGGAUCACAGCGUUUGGGAACCGUGCUUUGGCCUGCGACCCUCGCUCCGGACUAGUGGCCUACCCAGCUGGAUGUGUGGUGGUGCUGCUGAACCCCAAGAAGAACAAACAGCAUCACAUCCUCAACAGCUCCAGGAAAACCAUCACCACUCUGUCAUUUUCCCCUGAUGGCAAAUAUGUGGUCACAGGAGAGAGUGGGCACAUGCCUGCUGUGCGGGUGUGGGACGUUGCAGAGCGGACCCAGGUGGCUGAGCUACAGGAGCAUAAGUACGGCAUCUCCUGCGUGGCCUUCAGCCCUAACAGCAAGUACAUCGUCAGCGUGGGAUACCAGCACGACAUGAUCGUCAAUGUCUGGGCCUGGAAGAAAAACAUUGUGGUGGCAGCCAACAAAGUCUCCAGUAAAGUGACGGCCGUGUCCUUCUCAGACGACAGCUCCUACUUUGUCACGGCAGGGAACAGGCACGUCAAGUUCUGGUACCUGGAUCACACCAAAUCCUCCAAGGUGAACGCCACAGUUCCUCUGCUGGGUCGCUCAGGGCUCCUGGGGGAGUUGAGGAACAACUUCUUCUCUGACGUGGCAUGUGGGAAGGGUCGUAAAGCCGGCAGCACCUUCUGCAUCACUUCCUCAGGCCUGCUCUGCGAGUUCAAUGACAAACGGCUGCUGGACAAAUGGGUGGAGCUAAGGACAACUCAGGCCACGUCUCUGUCUGUGACAGAGGAGCUGAUCUUCUGUGGCUGUGCAGACGGCACCGUGAGGGUCUUCAGCCCUGUCAACCUGCACUUCAUCUGUACCCUGCCACGCCCACACUGCCUGGGCACAGACAUCGCCACCGUGGUGGAGGCUAGCCACCUCUUCAGCCACAAGAUGGACGCCCGGUACCCUGACACGGUGGCUGUCUCAUAUGACCCUGCGAGCCGCUGGCUGUCCUGUGUCUACAACGACCACAGCCUGUACGUGUGGGACGUACGGGACCUCAGGAAAGUGGGCAAGGUCUAUUCCGCCCUCUACCACUCGGCUUGCGUGUGGAGCGUCGAGGUGUAUCCGGACAGGGUAAGUGAUGGUGAGCAGCCCUGUCUGCCUCCAGGCUCCUUCCUCAGCUGUUCCUCAGACAACACCAUCCGGCUCUGGAACACUGACGGUCACAGCACCGCCCUCAGCCGCAACGUCAUCAGCAACGACCUCCAGAAGAUCAUCUACAUGGACAACAACACGGCCGGCCUGCUGGACACAGAGUGCCUCAACUCGGGGAACGGAGAGAAGGCCGACCCCCAGACCUCAGAGACCAGGACGGGCAUCAGGACCAUGUGUGUGAGCCCAGACGGGCAGCACCUGGCGUCGGGCGACCGCACCGGCACCUUGAGGAUCCAUGAGCUAGUGAGCAUGGAGGAGAUUCUGAACGUUCAGGCCCACGACUCUGAGAUCCUUUGUCUGGAAUACUCCAAGCCUGAGACGGGGCUGAAGCUACUAGCCACAGCUAGUCGAGACCGUCUGAUCCAUGUGCUGGACGCAGAGCAGGAGUACAGCCUGCUGCAGACGCUGGAUGAACACUCCUCCUCCAUCACCGCCGUCCGAUUCGCUGCCAAUGACGGCAAGGUGAGGAUGAUCAGCUGUGGCGCUGACAAGAGCAUCUACUUCCGCACAGCGCAGAAGUCAGAUGAAGGAACAGUGUUUACCCGCACCCACCACAUCGUACGCAAGACGACGCUGUAUGACAUGGAUAUCGACCCCACCAGGAAGUACGCCGCUAUUGGUUGUCAAGACCGGAGCGUUAGAAUCUUCAACAUCAGUAACGGCAAACAGAAGAAACUGUACAAGGGCUCCCAAGGAGAGGAUGGCACUGUUAUCAAGGUUCAGACCGACCCCUCAGGGCUGUAUGUGGCCACCAGCUGCUCAGACAAGAACAUCAGCAUCUUUGACUUCUACUCUGGAGAGUGUGUGGCCACCAUGUUCGGACACUCUGAGGUCGUGACCGGAAUGAAGUUCACCAAUGACUGCAAGCACAUGAUAACUGUGUCUGGUGACAGCUGUAUCUUUGUGUGGCGUCUGGCCCCGGAGCUCAGCAUCAGUAUGAGACAGCGUCUGUCAGACCUCAAACAGAAUGGCAAGCCAGUUCAGAAGACACCACCUCACAAACCUUGCAAUCUCAGCACCAGGAGAGAGGUGCACAAAACCCCUCCCAUAGUCACCAUGUCCUCUGACAGCGACAAAGAGGUGGAGGAGGAGGAGGAGGGGAUGGAGGAUGGAGGAGGAGGAUACACCUCAGACGAAAAGCACAACUCUCUUAACUCUCACGGCAGAGAACUGAAAAGGGAGAGCUCUUUUGGCAGGCGUUCCUCCCAGGGCAAUCAUCACUGUGAGGAAAGGGGUCCCCGUCCGCGGCGCCGCUGGUCCAGAGGCAUGGUCAGCAUGGAGCUGAUGGUCAAGUCCAUGUUGGACCUCAGACAGCUGGAUUCCUUCGCCAUGCCCCCCUCCUCCCCCAACAAGACCAAGACCCAGCCUGAUGCUUUCAGAGACCCAUUCAGGGAGGAUGAGCUGGGUAGCACCAUCAGCCUGCAGCCCCUUACUGCAUGGGGGGAUGAGUCUGAGCAGAGGUCCCAGCAGCGACCCCACUACAUCAUGUUCUCUCCACAGACCCCAGAGACAGGCUCAGUGCUCUACCCCGAGGGCUGUGAGGACAGGGUCAGCUUAGCUGGCAGUGAGUACCUAGUGAAAGAGCUACUGCCCGGGCCUGAGACCAGCAGGAGUGUGAAGGGGUACCAGAACCACAACCAGUGGAGCCAGGGCCACCAUGACAAACACAGCCCAGACAGCGCCUGCUCUGUGGACUACUCCAGCCCAGACAGCCAGCAGCAGCCUCCUGGAGAGGACUCUGAGCCCACAAAACCUCUCAGUGUGGAUGGGAACUCCUCUGAAUUGGACAUGGAGGAACUGGAGGAGGAAGAGGGGGGUGUAGGGAGGGGAGAGGCCAAGGGGACAACAGUAGUACCUAAGACCCCUGACCAGGAGGCCUUCCUCAAACAGCACUUUGGCAACCUGGCUGAGCUUAAAAAUCCAGUGAGCCCGACCAGAGUUGUCACCCCUGACAGUGUCAGCAUCUCCUCCAAGUUCCUGUCCCAAUGUUCUACUGGAAGCAGGACUGCCUUUCCAUUCCCCUCGAAGAGCAGUGUGGAGGGGAAGGUAGCCAGCGGUGUGGUGAGGCCCCUGGUCUCUGAGGUGAGGCCCCUCAUGGAGCACAAUCAGGGCCAGAGCCAAGGCCACAGCCAGGACCAGAGCCACAGCCAGGACCAGAGCCACGGCCAGGACCAGAGCCAAGGCCAGGGCCUGAGCCAAGGCCAGAGCCAGGGCCAAGGCCAGAGCCAAGGCCACGGCCAGAGUCAAGGCCACGUCCAGAGCCACGGCCAGAGCCAAGCCACGGCCAGAGCCAAGGCCACAGCCAGGACCAGAGCCACAGACAGGACCAGAGCCACAGACAGGACCACAGCCAGGACCAGAGCCAAGGUCACAACCAGGACCAGGGCCAGAGCCACAACCAGGGCCAACUCCACAGCCACGGCCAGGGCCAGAGCCACAACCAGGGCCAACUCCACAGCCAGGGCCACAGCCAGGGCCACAGCCAGAGCCACAGCCAGGGCCAGAGCCACAACCAGAGGAAGGGCUCAGAAGAAUCUCAGAAGGGCACUACCGGGAGUGGACUCCCGUAGGAUUGUCAGCCCUGUGGCCAAGGCUGCAGCAUCACACCUCACCUCUUCAGGCAUGAGGAAGUCCCAGUCAGUCCAGAACCUGCACACUGAGGAAAUGCCUGUGAGCCUGUCUCGGCCCUCUAAGGAGGUAGCCCCUCAGCCCCAUCACUCCCAGUCUCAUCAAUCCCAGGCCAACGAGCGUCCAGUGACCCUCCCCACAACCCCCCGUCGCACCCUGCCCAGUGUGCCCCCCCUCUGUAGCCCCACCUCCCCACAACCCCGGGACAUCACCAGUACCAGUCACGGCACUGCCCCCACGCCCAGGAGCGUCAAAUCCCGCUGCUCCUACAUGAGCCCCACCACCAGCUCCAUGGCCAAGAUGUCCCGCUCCAUGUCCAUGGGAGACAGCCUAAACGUGGCCGAGGAAGAGUCUGGGUCUACAGAGUCACGCAGGGGGUCCAGCUUUGACACGUCCAACGCUCCCACCAAGAGUCGGAGCUGCUCCUCCCAGAGCUCCCAGAGUCUUAGUACUAAACCGUCUACCCCCGUGGCCGUGGUCUCUUCCACCUUAUCCUCCUCCUCCCCUCUGGCGUUGGGUUUAGCCAUGCCCCAUGCUGCAGUUAUCCCCACCCUCAUCACUAGCUCUCCAAGCAACUCCAACCCCAGCCCAACCACCAAGAGUCUGCAGGCUAAGCUGAUGUGCAGCACCCGGCCCCAGCUCAACCUGGACAUCUCCAAGCCCCUCCCAGACAAGCCCUCCCUGGCGGUCUUCACUCCCAACAGUACCUCCAAGACCGCGGCCUCCUCCAAGACUGUCAAAGAGGACAACGACCUCUCUUCCAGAUCUCCAGUCAGCUUGUUACCUCACCAGGGCCAGACUCAUCCAGUACUCACCAACAAAGUCCAGCUAGUCACUGCACUGUACCUCUCCCCAGCCGCUCCUGUGGAGACUAGCCCAGCUCCGAGUCCUGAGGCGGAGCAGCGUUUUCUCACCACGGAGCUGCGUCCUGAGGCCCCCGUGGUAGACAACAGACUAGAACAGUCAAAGAUGGAGGAGAGCCAGGGCCUGACCCAGGAGAAGAGUCCCGCGAUGGAGGUGUCUCUACAGGGCAGUCCCGUAUACCUGCUGUCAUCUGGAGGUUCCGGCCAGGACCGCACAGGUUUGCUCCAGCGAUCUCCCUCCUUCAUCCUGUCAUCUCUGUGUCUGGGCCUGCCCCUGGCCAACACCAAGCACUUCUUUACUACUGGUGCCGUGUGGCCUACCGUCUCAGUCUCCACCCCCAUAUACUCUGCACCUUCACCCUGUCCUCCGUCACUUAACCAUUUUCUCCUGACGGAUGGUUCUCUCAGUAUGGAGUCGUGCAGGGUGGUGGCCAGCGAGCUACAGAACACCUUUAGGAAGGCCUCCCAGCUCUUCAGAAUGGUGAACAGUGUGCCUGUAGACUCCAGGCAGGAGCAGCAUGAGAUGGCCCAGGUCCUGUCUGAGGCUUUUGAGGUGGUGAGGGCCGAGCUGAGCUCCCUGCCCCAGAGCUCACCCCCAUCCCCCUCUGGAGGACCUGCAGCAGGAGGCUCCCUGUGUACAGUGGGCUGCCGGCCCGUAGGACCAGUAGAACCAGGGACGGGGAGAUUAGCCUCAGGGGAGGAGAGGACUCUGGCUCUGCUGGAGCAGUACUCUGAGCUCCUCCUUCAAGCUGUGGAGAAGAGGCUGGACAACAAGCAGCUCUCCUAAAUACUCCUCUUCUUUCACACCCUUCCUUUAAGACUGAACCAACCAACCCCCUUGCAAAUGUAGGAUCUUAAGCCAUUGUGCAAGGAUAUCUGCAGACUACAGUACUUCUUUUUAUUACUUUUUUUCUCGACACGUUUUGAAAAUGAACAGAUUAAAAUAUUGCUGAAGGAAGCCUGUACAUAUUUUUUAGAAGUUCUUUUUUUUUUAAAGCACUUUUCUCUCUUUCUCUCUGCUGCACCCUCUGGUUGGGUGGUCCCCUCUCUCCCUGUCAGCUCUCUGUAGGCCUAGGAGGGGUUGGGAGGGUUGCACUCAGCACAACGACCCACUGUACUAGGCUAACAUGUAACACUCAUAACCAACAGCACAGAUACUGAUACUGUAGGGAGACUCCUCAAGAUGAUUAAUGCCUCAGCAUUCAUUCCCAGUGUGGCUGAGCUGCACUACAGACUGUGUCAUUCAUCACCCUUCCUCCCUCUAAUAUAUUGUGUGCUACCUACAGUACUUACCGGACACCUGCACUCUCACGACCACUGGUUUUAUUUACCCCGUUUCCAAGUAUUGUGCCCUGCUACUUUGUUUUAAUGAAGUUGUUGUUAUGGAAGUGUCCGGUUCUGGUUCUUAACUGACUUGCCUAGUUAAAUAAAGGUUCAAUUAAUUAAUUCAAUCCAAAUAUUUAGCACUAUUAAAUGCUCAAGGACAAAUUUAUUUAGCAUUGCGACAUGUUUUUCUAGAUUUAGAACAUAAAACAUUUAGAAAGCAAACAUCCUUUAGGUCUAGCAAAUCAAAUGCUUCAAUUGUUUGAGUAUAUGCUGCAGAGCAGUGCUGAAAAUAUUUGUUCUGAAUAUUUACACAAAAAACAAUCAUAAGAGGGUGGGCCAUCAGUGACAUAAUUGUCCAAACCACUGACGGAGUUGACAACCUAUGCUCAAAACAACAAAAGUUCAAUACAAACAUUUGUAAAAUAUGGGAAAUGAUUCAUUUGAAAAUCUCCAAUAAAAACGUAGCUUUACAGACCAUGAGUGGGCUUGUUGCAAUACAUGUAAUGAGGACAUGAAUAAGGGGUCCUUCUGAUAUAGAUGACCCUGCUCAUUCCUGAUUCAUUUAGGAUUUUAGACAAAUCUGACGGAGUUGACAGUCUCCGGACACAUCUUUUAGGAAUCAGUUUUGAGAUAAAUAGUCUUUAAAGUCACAGAGGGCUGUUGCAAGAAACUACAUAAGAUCAUUUUCAGUUAAUAUCCAUUAUUACCUGUUUUUAGAAUUUUAAAUUGGGUUAUUUUGCUCCAGACAAGGGCAUUUCCAGGCAUACAGCCGACAUGGAAAUUAAUAAUAUAUUCCCAAAACAAGUACAUUUUAAGCUCAAAUAAUGCAACAAAAUAAUAUUUUUUAAAUAUGAAAUUAAAGUUUCCCUGCCGGACAAGUAUUGUCCCAACUUUCAAGAAUCCCUGAGCAAAUGUCCUGUAAUUCUACGCAUUUUGCCAUGAGGCUGAGAAAACAUGUUGCAGUUUUAAAGCUAAUUUCUUGUCAUUCAAAUAAUAGAAUUCAUGGCUUAUGACGUGUUCAUAUACUAUAUGGGGGGCCUCCGGGCUGGCAGGCCACCUGCCUUGCAGGGGCGUGUGCUAUGCCAGUGGUUGGAGCUUGAUGCUGGCUGUCGUUUUGUGUAGCAGAAGCUGCACUUUUUGGACAAUCGGAGGCAUUGCUGUUCAAUGCCAUUCCUGACCCCAGUGCUCUAAAACAAUACAAACUGUUGUUAUCACUACAAUGUGAAAUGUCUGUGUUGGUGUACCUGUCCCUACCAGGGCUUUUACCCACCGACACCAGGCCAUAGCAGCCUCCACACUACUAGAGGAACACAGGACCCUUCCAAGUCUUAAAAGCCAGAUUAAUCAGACAUAAUCAUGUUUCAGUGGGUGAUUUGAUUUUAUACAUUGUGUUUUGAGAGGCCCUGUCUGUGUGUGAUGUGUGGUUGUAUUUAUUAUGUUGUAAAAGGUCCACGUUACAAAGGGAGUUGUCAGCCCCUUGUGAGUUGUAGUUUGUUUUGUACCAGAGCUAGGUCACCAGUGGGGGACCAACAUUGCAAAAACAGAAGACUUGAAAAUAUACCGUCUCAACUGAGAGUCUCCUUGUUCAUUAACUAUGCUAGAUGGUUUUAUAAAACAUGUGAAUUGUAUUCCCAGUACAUUUUUUUUGUAUUCCAAAUUGAUGGUCAAGGUGUGCAAAUAAUAUAAAUGUCUCAAGGAAAUGGGUGCCUUAAUUCAAAACCAGCGUUUUUCAUAGUUUAAAAUGUGUUGGGUUAUACGAAAAUAAUAUUGAAUUGUAAUCAAAAGGCGACUACUGAAAUUGAGCUACUGCUGUGGGAAACGAAUGACACUGAGGAGAAGCAUUUUCUGAUGACUCUGAAUACAGAUAUCACAUCUCGGAACCUAAACUGGCUGUGCACGUGUGCCAUCGUGCAUACAUUUAUUUUGUCCCCCCACACCAAACGCGAUCACGACACCCAGGUUAAAAUAUCAAAACAAACUCUGAACCAAUUACAUUAAUUUGGGGACAGGUCGAAAAGCAUUAAACAUGUAUGGCAAUUUGCACAUGCUAGCUAAUUUGACGUAUUUAGCUAGCUUGCUGUUGCUAGCUAAUUUGUCCUGGGAUAUAAACAUUAGGUUGUUAUUUUACCUGAAAUGCACAAGGUCCUCUACUCCGACAAUUAAUCCACACAUAAAACGGCCAACCGAAUCGUUUCUAGUCAUCGCUCCUCCUACCAGGCUUUUUCAUACUUGAAUUUAUAUGGUGAUUGGCAUCUAAACUUUUAUAGUAUUACCAUGACGACCGGCAAAACAGUUCGUCUUUCAAUCACCCAUGUGGGUAUAACCAAUGAGGAGAUGGCACGUGGGUACCUGCUUCUAUAAACCAAUGAGGAGAUGGGAGAGGCAGGACUUGCAGCGCGAUCUGUAUCAGAAAUAGGAAUGACUUCUAUUUUAGCCCUUGGCAACGCAGACGCUCGUUGGUGCGCGCGAGCAGUGUGGGUGCAAUAAUUGAAUAACAUGGAUUUCUAAAUUUAUUUUGCAAUGCACGCGAUGUGUCCGGUCAGUCUUGUAUCAGAUACAAACCGGGCAGAAAAAAUUUUUUCUCCACACUUCUUAAGAAUUCCUCAACAUUUAUUGGCUCUUGUCUGGCUGUGGUGUAUUCAUCCUGGUCCCUGGCACUUUUCCACCCCAAUAACAAUGCACUUUCAUUCCUAUCAAAAUGGUCAUAGGUCAGAUUAAUGUAUUUGUAAUAGCUUAGGCUACUAAACUAAACCUGGGUCUCUGUGUAAUGGUGUAACUGUUGUGUCAAAGGCUCACAGAAUAAUUGUGUUCUGAUGCUGUUAUGAUUGUGGCCCGUGUGGCUCAGUUGGUAGAGCAUGGUGUUUGCAACGCCAGGGUUGUGGGUUCGAUUCCCACGGGGGACCAGUACGGAGAAAAGAAAUGGAUGCAUUCACUACUGUAAGUCGCUCUGGAUAAGAGCGUCUGCUAAAUGACUAAAAUGUAAAUGUGGCUGCCGACUAGCACAACACUGCCCCCUGCUGUUGAACCUCCAUCACAGCCCAGUUGCUACUAAAACAGAAAGCCCUAUCACUUCCCUCCUACAAUUUCUCUGGUCAGGAUUAUUCUGUGCUGUGUUUUACAUACUUUUCAAUACACUAGUGCCCUCAAACAAUAUUUUAAUCACCUGUGCAUACAAUACUGUGUAUUUUCUGAGUUAUUGAUAGACUUGUUAUAAACGUACACUUAUUGGUAGAAACAGUCUUAUCAGGUACCCAAAAGGUUCUUACAGCCUCUCAAAAUGCCAUGCCUAGAACUCUAUAUUUUCUCUAGUUUUGGUUAAAGCAUUGUAUGUACAUGACUAGAUGAAUGUGCAUAGACAGACCGCAAAGAUUUAAAAGUGCAGUCAAACCCUGAAAUGACAUGAGUAAUGGUAUAGAAUAAGAAUGAAGUAUAUUCUGCUGUUUAUUAGUUAUUCAGUAUUUCCCCAUCUGACUGACAAUAUUCAGAACUGUGACCUUAACUAGACUGGAGGUUUCAUUGAGACAUAGGAUUGUGUUUGAUGGGACAGUAGUACAGGUGCACCCAUCUGCUGCCAGUAUGCAUCAGUAUUUAUGCAUGAAGGGUGUGGAGGUUGACCGACUGGCUCGUUCCUAAGUAGGAUUGCAUGGUUCAACGUACCCCAGGCUUGUUUAACUGUAUGAGUCGAUCCCACUCUUUUUCACUAGCUGGUAUAAUCUGUAGCUGACCCUCGUUCUUAAUAACCCCCCCUUUUCUAUGAUGAUUACUUGUCUUAAACUAGAUUAUGGACCACAAUGUUCCUCUUUUAGGAAUGAUCACUUCUCAGACAUUUUAUGAGCUUUUGUUUUCUGUUUUGCACCAACCUCAGUUUAGUGUUCUUAGUGUUUUUACUGUAUUCCCUCCCUGUGCUUCUCUUUCUGCUGGAGAAUAAAAACAUAUUUAUUACACUCAA